AUGACCAAUCACACAGCACAGAUGGACUUCUUCCUCAUCCAGUUCUCUGACGACAAGCAGCUCCAGGUCUUCCAUGGCUUUCUGUUCCUGCUGAUCUACUUGGAGGCUCUCAUGGGGAAUCUCUUCAUCUUCAUCCUUGUCACAGUGGACCCGUGUCUUCACACCCCCAUGUACUUCUUCCUGAAGAACUUGGCCUUCCUUGAUGCGGGCCUCAUUUCAGUCACAGUCCCUAACCUCAUUCUGAACUCUUUUACCCAUAGGAGCAACAUUUCUCUCCCAGGAUGUGUGUGUCAGCUCUUCUUGGUGAUUCAUUUUGUUAGUUCAGAGCUUUCCAUACUGACAGCCAUGUCCUAUGACCGCUAUGUGGCCAUCUGUCACCCACUGCGCUAUGAUGUCAUCAUGAACAGGGGACUCUGUGUGCAGAUGGUGGCUGUUUCUUGGAUGUUUGGGAGCCUCUUUGGGGUCUUAUACUCAGCUGGAACUUUCUCUUUAGCAUUCUGUGGCUCCAGAAGACUCGCACAGUUUUUCUGUGAUGUCCCCUCUCUACUGAAGAUUUCUUGCUCUAAGAGGCAUGUCAGUAUUGAUGUUAGUGUGGCCAUUGCAAUCCUCUGGGGGCUGUUCUGCUUGGUGUGCAUUGGGAAUUCAUAUGUUUACAUCUUCAGUACUGUGUUGAGAAUGCCAUCAUUACAAGGCCGGUCCAAAGCCUUCUCCACCUGUAUGCCUCAUCUCAUAGUUGUGAUUACAUUUUUAAUGACAGGUGCCAUUGCUUAUUUGAAGCCAGUCCCUGACUUCCCAUGUCUUGCUGACUUUUUGAUAUCAGUUUUCUACUCUGUGAUGCCUCCAUCUUUGAACCCGAUAAUAUAUAGUCUGAGAAAUAAGGAAAUCAAAGUGUCUGUGUGGAAGCUCUUAUGGAAGCUGCGUCAUUACAAGGGUUAUGGGGUAAACAAUACACUCAUAUCUAGAAAGAUCUACUGA